AUGGCAGCGGCGGUAGGAGUCGCAGAACUUUCAAAACCCGAUACUCCUCGUCGAAUAGAGGGCGAGCUCCGUGCGCCCAUCCUCUACGGCAGGGUACAGAGACGAGGCCUUAUAUAUAGAAUAAAUACUAUAGGCGGUUCAUCGAGGGCUUCUCGGGUGAUCGUAAGGGCUUAA